UGAAGGUCUGGUUUACUACGAGAUCAGUAUAAGGAUCAUGAUUUUCCACAUGUCAGUCCGCUCCAACCCAAUGUUACGGAAAACAAAUCUGGCUGUGUGGAGAGCGUGGAGGUCAUGGAAGUUAAGCCUGCACUCUUCUACAGUUUGUGCAUCUUCUGGACCUGGUCCUGGUCCCCUAGACAGAUCUGAGGAACUGUCCCCUGUUUCAACUGAAAAGCCUCCUCACACUCCUGUCAUGCUUAAAGAGGUGCUUCAGUACUUAGACAUCCAACUAGGUCAGGUGGUCCUGGACAUGACAUUUGGAGGUGGUGGUCAUACCAAAGCAAUACUGAAUAUGGCUCCUGAAGUCACAGUCCUGGCUCUAGACCGAGAUCCUACAGCAAUUUCUCUGGCCGAGCGGUUAGCCAAGGAACACUCCGGUCGUGUGAAACCAUUGCUCGGCCGAUUCAGCGAGCUUGAAGUCCUGCUGUCUAACAUGAACAUCAAGCCAGGCAGCAUUGAUGCUGUCCUGUUGGAUGCUGGCUGCUCCUCCAUGCAGAUGGAUCAGGCGGAGAGGGGCUUCUGUAUCAGCAAGGAUGGGCCCUUGGAUAUGAGAAUGGAUGGAGAGAGGUACCCCGACAUGCCCUGCGCUGCUGACGUUGUGAAUACCUUAGAUCAACAGGCUCUUGCAUCCAUCCUCACUGCAUACGGGGAAGAAAGACACGCCAGGAAAAUAGCUUCAGCAAUUGUGGAGGCACGCCGUGUCAACCCCAUCACUCGGACACAGCAGCUGGCCAGCGUGGUGGCAGGAUCGUUUCCUCCUGCUGUCAUCUAUGCACGCAAAGACCGACUCCACCGACCCGCACAUGUGGCCACUAAGACUUUCCAAGCUCUGCGUAUCUUUGUGAACGACGAGCUGAAUGAACUACAUGCGGGCCUGCGCGCUGCCCGGGCCGUGCUGAGACCUGGAGGACGUCUCUGCGUAAUCACCUUUCAUUCGCUGGAAGACAGACUGGUCAAGCGUUUCCUCAGAGGAGACAACUUGUCUGGUCUAGAUCAGUAUCACUUCGGCCCGAGGAAGCAAGGCACCAAGAAGGAAAACAAAGGUGGUGAAAGUGUUUAUUGGCUCCCGCUGCGAAGAAAAGUGAUCAUCCCAGAAAAGGACGAUGUCACAGAGAAUCCUCGAGGACGCUCUGCUAAACUAAGGGCAGUACUCAGACGUUAACUAUGCCAGAACUAAAAUACACCCUUCAUCCAAAUGUUUUUGUUUGUUUUCUCUACAGCCAGAGGAACUCUUUACAAUUACUAAACAAGUUAACCAAAGGCGAAAAUGCAGUUACAUGAACACUUGUCCAAUCUUGACUGUAAAUGUCGAUUAUUUUCUUUACUUGAGGACACUAGCUAGUUUCUAUCUGAAGACCACCACAGCAGUGAGCCAGGGUUUAAUCCAGGUAGCGGCACCUCGGGGUCACGCGUUCCAACAAACACAGUUACAUCUUUUAUACUGCAUUAGUGACUCCUACUGGUCAGUUAGGGCACUGCACAAUGAUGGGUAAUUGAAUCUCACACGCAGUAUGCCCGCUAGUUGGAGCUCAGGUUUUUUUGGUUUGUUUUCAGUGGCAGGUGCAACAUAAACCGGCGACACAGUGUGUCACAGUUGUAACAUUUGCCUGCAGACUGGUUUGCAUAGAAAGCUGGACUCCCAGAAUUGGGAUAAAACAGGCAAUAAAAACAAAAAAAUAUAUACAUCUCAAAGGUCCACUCACUUGCUUUCAAUGCCAAUCUGACUGGGCAGCAGUCAGUCUUUCUCUCACCUUGUCUUCGCACUGAAACACCUGUUCAAACUUGAACGAGAGCCACGACUAUGAACACAAAAGGUGUUACGUACAACUUUGGUGAAAACUUUUUCUACCCAAAUAAAAGUAUGUGAGCAUUGUAUUGUCUGCCUUUUUGUAUCAGUAAAAUGUACAGAAAAUGACUGACAAUUCAGUUCAUGUAGCCAAGCUUUUU